AUGGACUAUUCCCGUAUUCUACUCAUCCUCGCCGUCUACUUGGCUAUCCGCUUAAUUCGCUCCCGCUUCUCGUCCUCCAACACCACCACCAUGGCUCACGGCAAAGUCAUCGAAGUAGACAACCCCGUCAUCUUCAAGGCUCUUACUUCUUCUGGCCCCGUCGUCGUUGAUUUCUUCGCUACGUGGUGCGGACCUUGCAAGGCCGUUGCCCCCGUCGUUGGGAAGCUCAGUGACACCUACCCCAAUGUGCGAUUCAUUCAGGUCGACGUGGACAAGGUGAAGUCCGUGGCCCAGGAAUUACAGGUGAGAGCGAUGCCGACUUUCGUACUGUAUAAGGAUGGCAAGCUGCUGGAGAAGAGGAUCGUAGGUGGGAAUAUGCGCGAGUUGGAGGAGAGGAUUAAGGAGAUUUCGGCAUAG